AAAUAUAUCUGUUUUACUCCUUAAAUUGCAAAGUUACGAUUGUUCAACCCAGAACCAAAAUUUUGAACAAAGUGACUGUGAAAUCUGAGUUGUGCUUUCCAUAAAACGGAACUCUCUUCGACUUCCCCCUCACGGCGAGUUACACAACCUAACGGUUACGACAACUAAACACAAAAUCCCUAAUCCUCUCUCGAUCAGCGGAAGAUUCUGAAUUUUUGCAGUAAAGAUGGCGAAUGUUUGUGAGACAUGUGGGGACGAAGGUUGGGUAGAAGCGCUCGUUUUCUGUGACUCUUGUAAAGUGGCUGCUGUGCAUCGCUAUUGUUGUGGCAUAACACCGGUUCCUAUAGAUGGCUACGUGACUUGGUUCUGUUCCGACUGUGAUGAGAGUGACUCUACCUCUGAUUCCACACAAGUCGAGCUUGAAGAUAAUAGCAAUCUUGAGGUGUCUUCUUCACCACCAUUACCAAUGGAGGAGACUGGGACAACUAGUGAUAUCCCUGGUAGCACCAAAUCUAACGAAAAGAAGAAAAAGACUAAGAGGAAGAAGAAAAGAAAAAUCAUUUCUCAGUCCGUGCCAGAUGCCACAGUUGUUGAGAACAUGGAGGUGUCUACUAAGAAGCAAGAUGGCUCAGAGAAUGGAAAAUCUGAUGAACUGAACGGUUCAGACAAGAGUGGAAAGAAAAAAAAGAAGAAGAAGAGAGACAGGGGAGAAGAGAAGAAGAACGAAGAAAGCAGCAAACACUUCUCCCCGGUUCCAGAGGCUGAGGGACAUGGGCUCCAGGAAACUAUUACUAGUGUUGAACCUAUGAAGGAGUCUAAGAAGCGAAAGUGCUCAGAAAGCAAAGAAUCUGAGGAACUGAAUGUUUUAGCAGGAAAUCAAGUAUCUGCUAAGAAGCAAGAUGGCUCAGAGAAUGGAAAAUCUGAUGAAUUGAAUGGUUCAGACAAGAGUGGAACGAAAAAGAAGAUGAAAAAGAAGAAGAAAAAGAAGAGUAGCAAAGAAAGCAGCAAUCAUACGUCACCGGUUCUAAAGGCUGUGGACUGUGGACAUCAGGAUACUACCAGUGUUGAAGCUUUGAAGGAGUCUAAGAAGCACAAAACAUCAGUUAGCAGAGACUCUGAUGAAUUGGUUGGUUCAGUAAGGAAUGCAAUAUCUGUCCUGGAGAAGAGGAAGACGAACGAAGAGAGCAGCAAUCACACUGCACCGGUUUUAGCUGCUAAAGACAAUGUUGAACCGGCAAAGGCGCAAGAAAGCUCAGCUAGCAGGAGACUUAAUGAAUUGGCUGGUUUAGAGACAAAUGGAGCAUCCGUCUCUGAAGGUGGUAAUUCAACUAACGUGCCAGAUCACACCUCUUGUACCACCAGCAAAAAGAGAAAAUUAAGUUCUGACAACAUGCAAGUUACUAGUGUAAAUAUGGAGUUACCUACUAAUAACAGCUCUUGCAAAGAAGCUGAAUCAAAUAUGCCUCAGAUAAACGAGUUGAUACCUGCACUGAACAAUGGUAGAGCACAACCAAUCUGGCCACCUAAGUGGAGUGGGUCGGUAACUGUAAAACAAGGAAACGUUUGUAGCAUUCAUGGACUUGUUGCUCAUGUAUCAACAUUAGCGAGCCCUCUAGUCUAUGAGAAAGCACGUUCGUUACCCACUCGCCUAUCUGCUGAAAUGUUUCCUAGGUCUGAAAUAUGGCCACCGAGCUUUCUCAAGAACGGACAACCUGCAGAUGAGAGUAUCGCGCUUUACUUCUUCCCUUCCCCUGAUAGUAACGGUGAAAAGGGUUACUAUUCCCUUGUUGAUGAAAUGAAGAAGAAAGAUUUGGCGAUGAGAUGCUUGCUUGACGAUGUGGAACUUCUACUUUUCACCUCUUAUCAGUUACCACCGCCUUUGAGGAUGUUUCGCUCAAAGGAGUACCUGUGGGGCAUUUUCAGACGCGGAAAGACUUCUCGACUUUAGCCACUAGUCUCGACUACUCUUGACCGUUUCUGCAUAGGAGAGCAAUGUUUUUAACACAUCUAGUUGUUUAGUUGUCGAAAUUUCUAAUAGUUGGCCAGAGAUCUUGUACAAAAUCUACACGAGAUGGCAUUGGUUCCUUUGCUGAUUAGAUUCUCAAUAGACAGAACUGAGAAAUUCUCAAGACAAGUUGAAAAAAAAAGUAAAUUGUCUUUUUUAUCAACCGGACAACUAUGAAAGUUAUGAUAUGUUGACAUGUU